AUGGAGCUUGUUAAAGAAUUGUUUGUGACUGCAGUUAUUGCUGUUUUGUUCUCUUUUCUUAUAGCCAAACUUGUUUCUAUGGCUAUGUCUAAUGGUGAUUCUAGCAACGAUUCUCAAAGUAAAAAUGUUGAUCGACAAGUUACUGCAGCAGAUAUUGUCGGUGAAGAAAGAGAAAAAGUGAUGACGGAGGAGUUACUGCUCCGUGAAAGAUUGGAAGUUGAGGGGCUUAAGAGCGAAAUGAGAACAGAAUUUGUUGAACAAUUAACAGAAAAGGUCGAUGAAUUUGUUGCAGUAAUUUCUGCUGUCGAGGACGUUAAAGAGUCAGCGAAUCGCGACGAGAUACUACCUGAAACUGAGGCUCAUGAAUUGGCUCAAGAAUUGGUCGAGGCAAUUUUGAAAGAAGAAGAGGACAAGUUAAAAGGAGGUGACUUUGAUGAAGAAGAGGUAAAAGGAGGUGAAUUUGAUGAAGAAGAGGUCAAACAAGUAAAUUUGGUUGGUUCAAUUAGAGAAAACAGAGAAGAAGAACCGAUUGGCAUUGAAUUAAAUGUUGUUGAGGAGGAGAUUGGGACUUUUGAGACUGAUUCAAAAGAGAAGAUUGAAGAGGUUGAAGUUAAUGAUGAUGAAGAUGAUGAUUGGGAAGGGAUAGAAAGGAGUGAAAUGGAGACAAUAUUUGGAGAAGCGGCAAAGUUUGUUGAGGAGUCAGGAGAUAAAGAUGAGAGAUUGGCAAGUGUAGGGACUGAUGUCCAAAUGGAGUUGUAUGGACUUCAUAAGGUUGCUACCGAGGGGCCUUGCCGCGAGCAGCCUCCCAUGGCUCUCAAGGUUUCUGCUCGUGCCAAGUGGAAUGCUUGGCAAAGGCUGGGAAACAUGAGUCCAGAGGCGGCUAUGGAGCAGUAUAUUGCCCUUGUAUCGGAUAGAGCCCCAGGGUGGAUGGAAGCCAAACCUAGUGGAGAAGAUAAACCAGGAUCAUCUGAAGUGGCAAAUCCUGUUGCCGUGACUCCAGAUAUAAGUACAUCUUCAUUCCGUCAACCAAAUUUUACAGAUGAAAUGACAUGUAGGAAUCCAGAACUGAAGCUUGUUGCUGAAGAAAGGGACCUGACUGGGCGCUCAGACCUGGAUAACAGGGCACAGUUGAGACUUGAGCAUGCUUAUGCCAGUCUUUCUGGGUAUUUGUUUGACAACUUUUUAAUUCUAAUCCCUGAAAAAAUAUUAAGUGAUGUUGGAAUUACGUGA